CCGGGCGCCAGGGAAAAAAAAGGGGCACGCGCGCCGCUAGUGGGCCAUUCGGCAGCAGCGGCGGUGGGAGGGUGCGACGACGAGGUGGAGUCGGAUCGCUGUUCGGGCUCCUGGUCAACCGCGCCCCCCUCCCCCCCACCCCACCUCGGGAAAGAGGGGAACGUUAGUGGCAUACGAUGGACAGUCGCAACGGCGAUUUCAAUAUCCUGUUGGGCACUGAUUCUUACAAGGUAACUCACUACCUGCAGUAUCCACCUAAUACAAGCAAGGUAUAUUCUUAUUUUGAAUGUCGUGAGAAGAGGAAGGAAGAUAUCAAAUCCAGGAAGGUGCAAUAUGAUGAGACUGUGUUCUAUGGUUUACAGUACAUACUCAAGAAAUAUUUAGCAGGCAAAGUAGUAACAAAGGAGAAAAUUCAAGAGGCCAAAGAGGUCUACAGAGAACAUUUUCAACAUGAUGUAUUUAAUGAGAGUGGUUGGAAUUAUAUUCUUGAGCAACAUGAUGGUCACCUUCCAAUAGAAAUAAAAGCUGUUCCUGAAGGAAGUGUCAUUCCUCGGGGAAAUGUUCUCUUUACGGUUGAAAAUACAGAUCCAGAGUGCUAUUGGCUAACCAACUGGGUUGAGACCAGCCUUGUUCAGACUUGGUAUCCAAUCUCUGUGGCCACAAAUUCCAGAGAGCAAAAGAAAAUUUUAGCUAAGUACCUGAUGGAGACUGCUGGUAAUUUAAAUGGUCUGGAAUACAAGCUUCAUGACUUUGGUUACAGAGGGGUCUCAUCGCAAGAGACGGCAGGAAUAGGGGCAUCUUCCCAUCUAGUAAACUUCAAAGGAACAGACACAGUUGCAGGAAUCACAGUCAUCAAGAAAUAUUAUGGAACGAAAGAUCCUGUGCCAGGGUUUUCAGUACCAGCAGCAGAACACAGUACAAUUACAGCUUGGGGAAAAGACUGUGAAAAAGAUGCCUUUGAACACAUUAUGAAGAAGUUUUCCACCGUGCCAGUAUCAAUCGUCAGUGACAGUUACGACAUUUAUAAUGCUUGUGAAAAAAUCUGGGGUGAGGACCUGAGAAGUUUGAUAGAGUUACGGAGUCCUGAAGCUCCACUUAUUAUACGACCAGAUUCAGGAAAUCCACUUGAUACAGUUUUACAGGUUCUUGAAAUCCUGGGAAAGAAAUUUCCACCAACAGAGAACUCUAAAGGUUAUAAGGUGCUUCCUCCUUUCUUGAGAAUUAUUCAGGGAGAUGGUGUGGAUAUAAACACUCUACAAGAGAUCGUACAGGGAAUGCAAGCACAUAAGUGGAGCAUUGAGAACAUUACCUUUGGAUCUGGUGGUGCUUUGUUGCAGAAAAUGACCAGAGACCUCCUGAACUGUUCAUUCAAAUGUAGUUAUGUUGUAACCAAUGGACUUGGGGUAAAUGUUUUCAAAGAUCCAGUCAUGGAUCCAAACAAGCGAUCCAAGAAAGGACGUCUAUCUUUGCAUUGUACUCCUGCAGGGCAUUAUGUCACACUUGAAGAGGGUAAAGGAGAACUGGAAGAAAAUGGUCCUGAUCUUCUGCAUACAGUUUUCAAGAAUGGCAAAGUUAUAAAGGCUUAUACUUUUGAUGAAGUGAGGGAAAAUGCUCAGCUGAAGAUGAGUAGAUGUGGAGAACUUCAAUAAAUUCAAAUUCAUGUCAAAUAUAUAUAUAUGUACACAAUGAAGUCAAGUCUGUCGCGGGUUCAAUGCACAGAUGUAUAUAUGAUUUUAAAAUUUGCCUAUGAAGUUGAAAAAAUUUAUAAUAGUCACAUAUAAAACAGCAAAUGAAGUCCACCCAUACCCUGA